AUGCUACGAUCGUCAUUGAACCUCGGCCGGAUUUUCACCCAGUUGCUUCUCAAGACGACCAAGAGAACAUACUCUGACAAGAUGAAGACCUUCACCAACAUUGAUCUCAUCGACCAGGUCGACUCAUAUCCGUACAGGCAGCCCCAAGUCAACACCCCCAAUGCUGAGACGUUUGGCUCAGUGUACACUCUCAUUUUCAAAGACGAGCAGGGCGAUGUACCUCUCGGAUACGUCCUGCCAAGGGUGGUCGACGAGCUGCUCAAGGUACCCGAAAGCAUCAAAGGGGAAGUCCAAGUCGACUCGGAGAAGCGCACUCUCAGAGCCUUCCAAGGGCCAACGUUAGAAAGCCGCAGCAAGCUGGCGGCGGACCUCUCUGAGUACUGGAGAGCCAACGACACCUUCCCCAUCCUCCGGGGUUGGCGCGACGAGCUGUGGCCCGUGUACGGCCGCAAUGGCGAACUCCUUUUCGACAUUGAGAGGGCCGCCUCAGGAUUGUUCGGUGUCAUGCGAUACGGCGUUCACUUGACGGCCUUUGUGCGUGACCCGUCAGCGAGCCACGGUAUCAAGAUCUGGGUUCCGCGUCGCUCUCCGACCAAGUCAACCUUCCCCGGCAUGCUGGACAAUACCGUUGCCGGCGGACUUAUGACGGGGGAAGACCCCUUUGAGUGUGUCAUCCGUGAGGCAGACGAGGAAGCCAGCCUGCCGGAAGAGAUUGUUCGCCAUCAGACCAAGUUUAUUGGCGGCGUCACGUACAUUUACAUCACCGAGGCAGAGGCGGGCGAGGAAGGGCUGAUUUAUCCCGAGGUUCAAUGGAUUUAUGAUCUCGAACUACCCGCAGACGUUGUGCCGCAGCCAAAGGACGGCGAAGUCGCCGAGUUCAGCCUGUGCACGGUCGAGCAGGUCCGCGAAGGACUCGCACAAGGCGUAUGGAAGCCAAAUUGCGCGCUGGUGGCUCUCGACUUUUUUAUCCGCCGGGGUAUCUUGACUAAAGAGAACGAGCCCGAGUACGAUCAGAUUGCGCAAAGAAUCCAUCGACGAAUGCCGUUUCCUGGGCCGCAUAACCAGGACCCGUCUCUAGGGGCUAUGGAUGCUUGA